GUCAUACAGCGCACUUGAAUGUAUUGUAUACGUCAACUGGCAUCCAGCCGAAAUGGGACAAAAUAGGAUGAAUGUAAUUUUUGUUCAAUCUGGGAAACCGUGAUAUUAAGCGAGGUGAAAGGUAAAACGGGCUUGUUUAAUUUAGAUAUUCUUUUUUGAGUGGGAGUGUUAUUUGCAGGCUGCUCAGUCUAACCGGAUACCUUCGCUGUCUGCUUGCAGUGCGCUGUGAUGGUCAUGGUGUUAAUGAUGGAAUCGCAAUGCGAGUACUUUAUGUAUUUUCCGGCCGUCCCCAUCUCAGACCUGUCGGACCCGGCCAAAUACCGCACGCUUCCGCGUCGCAGUCACCUUUAUCUCGGGGAAACCGUGCGCUUUCUCCUGGUUUUGCGCUCUCAGAACGUCGCGUCGGUGUCCGGGUCGACCGGCACUGCGGCAGCUGAUGGCAGCGUCUCGGAGCAUCAUAGCAGUCGCUCUUGGAGGGAGCUGGCCGGCUCUCUCUGCGCCGUGGCCAGCGUUAGCCCUGGUGACAACCGGCAGCGGACACAGCCUCUGUAUCACGACUACCACAGCAGCGGGGACGAGUGUGUGGAGGAUACGGACGAUGAUGAUGCUGCGGAGGUGGGCUGCGCAGGUAGAGGGGGCCCGAGGUACCGGGGCUUCAGGGAAUGCAAGCCGCUCCUCAUUCACAACAACCCCGGCAACGGCGUGAGGGAAUUCCGCAAGGCUCCUGUACAGUCUCCUGUGGAUGAGCCAGUUGUUUUAAGCGAUGAGGUCAUCUUUCCCCUGACUGUGUCCCUGGAUAAGCUCCCUGUCAACACUCUCAAAGUGAAGAUAAUUGUAACUGUGUGGAAGCAAGAAGAGGAGAAAGCUGAGAUCCAAGAGCAUGGCUACCUCAGCAUCCUCCAACAAAAGAGCCCCUGCCAAACAUUCCGCCAGGAUCUAAACACCUUCAAAGCGCAGGUCAGCACCACACUUAAUGUCCUGCCCCCUCCGACUGUAAAGUGUCAACAAAUGACAGUCUCAGGGAGACACUUGACUGUCCUUAAAGUAUUAAAUGCAAGUUCUCAAGAGGAAGUGUGUGUGCGUGACAUCAAGAUCCUUCCCAACUUCAAUGCUUCAUACUUACCAAUGAUGCCAGAUGGCUCGGUGCUGCUGGUGGACAAUGUUUGUCAUCAGUCAGGAGAAGUUGCCAUGGCAUCAUUUUAUAGAAUGGACAGCGAGUCCAGUCACCUUCCCAGCAUGCUCAGUGCUCUAGAGGAGCAGAACUUUCUCUUCCAGCUGCAGCUCAAUAACCAGCCACAAGAUGAUUCAACUGAGGGACUAGAGGUGCCAUUAGUUGCAGUCUUGCAGUGGUCCACUUCUAAAUUGCCCUUCACCAACUCUAUCUACACUCACUAUAGUCUCCCUAGUGUGAGACUGGACCGACCGCGCUUCAUUAUGACAGCUAGCUGCCCCAGUGCGGUCAAGGCUCACGAACAUUUCCGGGUGCGAUAUACCCUCCUCAACAACUUGCAGGACUUUCUGGCAGUCCGUCUAGUCUGGACGCCUGAAGGUCGUGGACAGAAAGAGGAUCCUGCAGUGAAUGCAGUGGUGUGUCAUUCUCCUCUCAGUAACCUGGGUUACUGUCGAAAAGGCAGUACCCUUUCCGUCAGUGUGGCUUUCCAGAUACUCCGAGCAGGUCUUUUUGAGUUGAGUCAGCACAUGAAACUGAAGCUACAGUUCACAGCGUCCGUGUCCAACCCUCCCCCUGAUGCCCGUCCGUUGUCCCGCAAGAACAGUCCGUCCAGUCCAGCGGUUAGAGAUAUUCUGGACCGACAUCAGGCCAGUCUAAGUCUGGGCCGCUCUCAGUCCUUUUCUCACCAGCAGCCAUCCAAGUUUCACCUCACAAGGACAGGCAGUGUUAUGGAGCGUAGGGCCAUCACCCCUCCCGUGGGCUCUCCUGUUGGACGGCCGCUGUACCUCCCUCCAGACAGGAACAUCUUGUCACUUGACAAAAUUGCCAAGCGUGAGUGCAAGGUGCUGGUACUGGAUUCACACACCUAAAUGCACACACACACACACACACACAGAGGAGAGGAAGUAGGGAUAUUUUUGAACUUUGGGAAAGAGCCACGUGUCAUUGAAGCGAUGUAAAUCGAAAAAGUGGUUUAAUGUCUGUCAGUUUCAGUUCAAUAUGUAUUUUUGUUUUCGUUUUACCAGCAUUCAUUGUUUACAUGCUGUACAGUUAUGUUUAUUUGAAAAUAAUUUCAAUGCAAUUUACAUGCAGCUACUGUUUUUGACAAUUUCGACAGAAGGAAUGAAAAGAAAGCAUAAACACACAGGGUUUUUAUUGUUUAUCCAUAGGACAUUUCACUGGAGUCAUGAAGUUCUGAAACUUGUGUUACAUACAAGUUAAAAUAUUGUAUUAAUGGCUGUUUAAAGGGAGAAUGGAUGGUUAUGGUUAGUCAUACCCAGACCCACAUGGAAUCUGUGUGCUCAGAAAUCUUUCUGAAGAAACUGAUUCUCCAUAGGACCGGCCCCAUGCACGCUUGUUUUUUUAAUAGUUUGGCUAUGUUUUCAGCCACAAAUGAGUCUAGCACUCUAUUAAACACAUUGUGUUUGCUUAAAUCUAUUUUGUAGAUUUGUCUCCAAAAAUCAGGGCAAAGAAUGCAAGGGUUAGUUCACCCAAAAAUGAAAAUUCUGUCAUUAAUUACUCAC